AUGGCCAUCGAAUCUCCACGGCCGGCACCUAGACUUGGAGGCGAUGGCUAUGAUGAGGGAGCUCCGCUGCAGAGUGCCGUGCAACGAGAAGCACCAGCCGUCAAGCUUCGGCUUCGGGCUCCCUUCGUGGAGGAUGCCCCAGAGGCUGUGCCGCUGUGUCACUACCAACCCUUCCAACCCUUCCAAUCUUCGACCUUCACCUCGCUGGGCGACGCCAUGGUGAUCAAGAGCCACAUCAAAAAGCUGAAACCGUACCAGCCACCCUUGGAGGGUCGGAAUCCGCAGAAGUACAUGUUGUUGGAGCCUAACCUGUGA